AUGGUGGUAUAUGGUGGUAUAGAUGCACUUAUUUGGCUUUGUCGUUCAUCAAAAGAUAUAGAAUUGCAACAUUUAACAACCACUAUAUUAGCUAUGUUAUCAGAAAAAGAAUCUAUUCGACCUGUUAUUAUCACUAAAUGGGCAUUGCCUCCUUUACUUGCACUUAUUCAACAUUAUACCACUAAAAUACAGCAAAAUAGUAAUAAAAAUUCUUCAACAAAUUCAAUUCAUUUAACAGAAUCAUCAACAGAUACUACUUCUCAAACAAGUAUCAUGUUAGAGAUCAUUAUCAAUUGUACGCAUAUUAUAUAUCAGCUUUCGAGAGCGGGUAUUUUAAGUCAAAAAGAAGUUAUUUCAGAUAAUGUGUUCAAUACAUUAUUAAUGCUUGCUACAUUUGAUAUUACUGAAGGAGAUGAGCAAACGAUGAGUCGAGUGAAUAUAAUACAAAGUCUUGCAUCCAAGACUAUAUCAUCCAUUAGUUCACUCAUUUCUUUACAAAUAAAUAUUAUUGAAGAAAUACAAGAAACGAAUAAGUUAUCAACUUUACUUCGAUCUUCAAAUAGUGAAGUACGAAAAUAUGCAGCAAAGACGAUAGCCUAUUUAUCUCUUCGAAAUGAUAAAUAUAAGCCAGUCCUCUUGUGUGGCGACGGAUCUAGAGCAUUAAUAUCUAUUCUUGCUAUUCUACCUGAAAAAGAAAUGGAUACAGAAACCCGAUUAAAGGAUAUUUUUUAUUAUUUACCGCAGCUAGACAUAAGGCAAAUUAAAAAUAGAGAGCAACAGUCAGUCAUUCACUCUGCAGCUGUCUCUCAUGUGUGUUGUGCUUUAGCAAAUUUUGCAACAAACAAUGAAUCACAGGUUAACUUGAUGUCACAGCCUCAUUUAUUAAGAUAUAUUUGUAAUGUUUUCACGAAUUUCCCUACUCAUACAGAGAUCCUUAGGCAUGUUGCUCGCUGUUUAGCAAAUCUUGCACUUUAUGUAUCAAUGGGUCAAGUAUCUAAAUCUGACGUUCAACGUCACAUUAUUAGGGCUAUUGAUAAUUUAAGCAGCAAUGUACCAUUAGGCGAUGAUAAUAGAACCUCUUGUUGGAGAGAACUAUUUGGAGAUGCUUAUGUGUAUAUAAAUAAUAUUUUAGAAGAAGAGGAUGAAGACAUCAAGGACAUUGAUACUAUAAAAAGAGCAAAGAGUAUUAUUACAAGAGAAAAAUUAGAACCAGUAAUCGAAAAUAGAAAACAAAAUAAAGAAGAAUGUAUUGUAGCUGUUAAUGUUAUAUCGUCAAAUGAAGAAGAAGAAGAAGAAGAAGAAGAAGGAAAUGAAGAUGUGCGUAUUGAUGUUAAAAAGACUACUCAAAAGCCUUCAAAAAACAAGAGGCGUUCCAAGAAGCAUAAAUAA